CCUCUUCUCACUCAAGUGAUAUUUGGUAGUAAGCGAAUCGACCAAUCACGAACAAGUUUUAAAGAAAAUGUUCCUUUACAUUGUUCGUCUGUAAUUGGUCUAUUCACUUCUGCUUGAGAUUGUCCGUGUGUUUCCGACUUUGCCUUUAAAAAUCUAAUCUAACCUCUCACACAGGCUUGACACAAUCACAUGGUGGAGGAAGAAGUUGUAACUUCUUUCAAACAAUUGAGAAGAUAAUGAGUAAAGAGAUAACAAAUUUUUCAGAUUUAAAGCUGAAUUCUUGGCUUCUUAAACAAUGCGAGUCUAUGGGUUUGAAAAAGCCUACUCUGAUUCAGCAAAAUUGCAUUCCCCAUAUAUUAAAUGGAGAAGAUUGCAUAGGUUGUGCCAAGACAGGAAGCGGUAAGACUCUUGCAUUUGCUCUACCCAUUUUGCAACAGCUAUGUGAGGAUCCAUAUGGCAUAUUUGCUCUUGUGCUGACACCAACAAGAGAAUUAGCUUUCCAGAUUGCUGAUCAAUUUAAUGUUGUUGGUAAAGCUAUCAAUGUUAAAACAUGUGUGGUUGUUGGUGGUAUGGAUAUGAUGGUUCAAGGAUUAGAAUUAUCCAAACGGCCACAUAUAGUUGUAGCUACACCAGGUCGACUGGCAGAUCAUUUGGACAGUUGUGACACAUUUUCUUUGAAGAGAAUUAAAUUUUUAGUACUGGACGAAGCUGAUAGAUUGCUGGGCGGUCAUUUUGACGAGCAGCUAAAAACGAUAUUUGCUGCAGUACCCAAGCAGAAACAAGUAUUAUUAUUCAGUGCUACAAUGACAGAUGCACUUGAUAAAGUAAAACACUUGGCUUCUAGUAAGGUUCACAUAUGGGAAGAAGAGGAUGAUGCUGGCAUCGCCACUGUAAAGGAAUUGGAUCAACGUUAUGUGUUGUGUCCUAAAGAUGUGGUUGAUUCGUUUUUGGUAGAAGUAAUUAGGAUGUUUUAUUCCACGAACAAGAACGGUUCUAUUAUGAUAUUUACAGAUACCUGCAAAAACUGUCAGCUGUUGUCAAUGGCACUGAACGAUGUGGGAUUUACGAACGUAGCUCUUCACGCGAUGAUAAAGCAGAGGGAACGUUUAGCUGCGUUAAAUAAAUUCAAAUCUAAUCACAUUCAAAUUUUAAUCGCUACUGACGUCGCGGCAAGAGGCUUGGACAUUCCAACGGUGCAAUUAGUCAUCAAUCAUAAGAUACCAAAUGUGCCGAAAGAGUACAUUCACAGAGUCGGUAGAACAGCUCGCGCAGGUAGAUGCGGUAUGGCAAUUAGCUUGAUAACGCCAAACGAUAUCAAGUUAUUACAUGCGAUCGAGGACACUAUAGGCACUAAAUUGACAGAGUACAAGGUAGACGAUAAAGAAAUAGUUACGAUCUUGACUCAAAUAUCGGUAGCAAAACGGGAGGCAGAGAUUAGAUUGGACGAGACUGACUUUUACGAAAAGAAAUUAAUCAAUAAACGAAAGAAAUUAAUUUUAGAAGGUAAGGAUCCGGAUGAGGUAGAGAAGCUUUUGGAAGAACAAAAAAAGAAAAAACGUAAAAAAUACAAAAAAAAGAAUGCAAAUGAAGAACAAACAAAAUAAAAUUG